AUGCGGAGUUGUCGGACGGAAGCGGAAGUGUUGCGCGAAGGUUGCGUGGUGCUGGUGGCGGUGCAGAGGGUGGUGUGCCAGCGUGGCUGGAGGGAGUUUCCCGAUGCAGCGACGGUGUACUUGGUGCGAAAGACUGACGUUCAGGAGUUCCGGAACAAGUGGCGACGGUUGCCGUUAAUACAAGCGCCGGCAGUGUGUAUGACAGCGCGUGACUUGGGCAAUUGUCGUACAGGCACACUGACAGAUGGGCCACAGGAGCGACGAACUAUCUCCAAUUGCAAAACGGAUUUGACACCUAUGUCUGUGCGACGCCUCAAAUGGUACCUGCGAGGUCAAGAACUUUUCCGCGAGGUCCCGACGGACCCGGAGUCAGCCGAUGAACAACUCGAAGGCGAUUUCACAACGGCCUUCGGACCCAACGACCUCUUGAUUGCUGUGAUACCCAGCCGCGACCAAAAGUCUCAGGGCGAAAGGGCCAAACCUGACGUUGCGGAAGCCACACCGGUCACG